AGGUAUUAGUAACUGAUAGAUGGCGUCUUGCUUUCCAUAGGAAAGAGUGAUAGCGACGUCUCUCUUCACAUUCUGAGAAUGUCAUUCUCAAUGAAUCUUCUAAUAAACCAUCUAAGGUAAUACUCAAUUGUUUGUGUUUUAAAAUUUUUGAUUGUGAUGAUUGAAGGACACAUAAACUGAAUGCUAAGUGAAAUUCGCCUCUUGCUUCUCUCAGAUCCAUCUUUAGUCUAGUUUAUGGAUCAUUUAGGUUAAUAAAUAUCUAAAAAUCAAUUCAACUUAUAGAUCAUUCCAAGCUUAACCAUGGGACUUUUAUACAACACUCAACUCACUGUCUAUGGAACCACUUUAUUCACCAUAAUAUGUAUUUCUCUAUAUUAUAUGCUAACCGGGAGAGGUUCCCGUAUGGGUGAUAUUCAAUGGCUUCUGGAAGGCAUUUCUCCCUAUAUGUGGUGUGCAUUGGGUAUUGGAUUAUCCAUAUCACUGAGUGUUGUUGGAGCUGCUACUGGCAUUUUCACUACCGGAGUAUCAAUUGUUGGAGGUGGUGUGAAAGCUCCUAGAAUACGAACUAAAAAUCUAGUAUCUAUCAUCUUCUGCGAAGCUGUAGCUAUUUACGGAAUUAUUUUGUCCAUUGUGCUUUUGAAUACCGUUGAGCAAUUUAAUCCCAUAAAAGCUGAAGAGAGCUUUGAGAUCAAGGCCAAAAACUAUUUUUCUGGGUAUUUAAUGUUUGCUGCUGGCUUAACAGUUGGAAUGAGCAAUUUAUUCUGUGGUAUAUCAGUUGGUGUUGUUGGUAGUGGAGCUGCCCUUGCUGAUGCCGCUGAUCCAACUCUCUUCAUCAAAAUUCUUGUUAUUGAAAUUUUCGCAUCAGCUAUUGGAUUGUUUGCUCUUAUUGUUGCUAUAGUCAUGACAGGAAAAAUCUCAAUGGGAUCUGGAUAAAUAUAAAACUGUGUGGAAAUAAAGCCAAAAAGAAACCAAAAAACAAAUGAUUUCACGAUCAUUCCAUCAUUUAAGAUGCAAAUAUACACCAUUUAUUGUAUGAAACCUCAUCAGUUACCGCUCAUCUUAAUCGUGUUUGGUUCUUUGUUGAUUGUCUAAUGGUGAUCUUUUAACAAAAAAACAUAAUCAUUUAAUCAAGUCAAGCCUAAGAUCUUUUUUUUAUUUGAUCUCAUUUUUCAUUCAAUCAUGUACCUUUAGUUAUACAUCUAUUUAAAGCAUUUAAACCUGUAACUAAUUAUUACCCCCAAUCAGAGCUGUGUUCUACCCGUUUGAUUCUCAGAUAAAUAAGAAUCUCAUCUAAGUAUUUAAAAAUUAUUUGAAUCAAUAAAACUUUUGUUGGAUUUUCAAAACAAA